AUGUCAGAACGAGGCUCAUUCCGUGGUGGUGGUAAUCGGGGCCCUCGCGGCGGCGGAGGCGGUGACCGUCGGGGCGGCGGUUCCACCCACAGAGGAGGCGGUAGAGAAGGUGGCGGUGCACGAGACCGAGGACAUGGCGACAACCAACAAGAAAAGCCCAAAAAGGAAAAUAUCCUAGAUUUGACCAAGUACAUGGAUAAGGAGGUUAAUGUGAAGUUUAAUGGUGGGCGAGAAGUCAGUGGUAUUCUGAAGGGAUAUGAUCAGUUAAUGAACCUUGUUCUGGACGAUGUCAAGGAGAAGAUGCGUGAUGAAUCUGGAAAUGAGACUACACGUUCACUGGGAUUGAUCGUUGCUCGUGGUACACUUCUAGUCCUUAUUUCGCCGGCAGAUGGGACUGAAGAAAUCGCCAAUCCAUUUGUGCAGCAAGAAGAAUAA